AUGUACGAGCUCGUGCAUUUGCGGGAUAAGACUAAGGAGCGCUUCCAGAGUGUGUUCUUCACGUUGCUGGACGUGGAGACCUAUGAAAUGCGCGAUCUUUAUAUCGAGCAUCUCUCCAUGCCCGGGUGGUGGCGCUCUUCGGGCCGUAUUGAUGAUGUGGUCGUUAUGGCGGAUGCGAAGAAACUCAACACCAUCCCCUACGAGACGGUCAUCGAGCAGCAUCCUCAGAUCGCGACCGCCUUGAUCUGCGGCACGGGCCGCAGCCGCCCCGCCGUCUUGGUGCAGCCGAUUGAGUGGCCUGCGUCGGAGAAAGAGUCGCAGCCUAUGGCGAGAGCGGGAGAAAAGGAUACGGUGCAGAGGAAGAGAAGUCUUCAGCUCUACCAGGAGGAGGUUGAUGAGGCGUAUUGUCGGGCUGAAGAGCUGGGUCUCCUUUUCGGCGCGAUUUCAGAGAGUGGUGGCUUGGUUUGA